UACUGUAUGUCCCUUAUUUACUGAACAUGGAGCAAUAUGUUGUUUACGUUCUCCAGUGUGUUACAAAACUGUUGUUUUGUGUGAUAACGAAAAUAAACAUUAGAAUGAUGGAAAACUAAUUAUUUUUAAUUUUGAAGACUCGUGUGUGAGCAUGUGUACAUGGACCCUGACACCGGGUUCUGGUGACGCCGUGACGUAGCCGUCCCAGAAUGCAGUCUGGUAAACAGACAUGGAAGCACCAGGUGAAGACCUCCACAGAGGCUGAGCACCGCCGAGCAUCCGCUCCUUUUCCUACCACCUUCUCUCUCCUUCUGCCCUGCGCAUCCGGCCUCUAUCCACCGCCUGCGGUCACAGUAACCGUCGCAGCGUCCAUAACCGCGGCAUUCUCUUCAGUGUGUGGCAGUGAGUGAUUACCCAAACUGAUGAGGAUCGAUUGAUUACGUUGUAAAAAGUUCCAUUUUUCUUUUAGUGAAAAGCGGAAAGAAUGUCGGAAAGGGCCGAGGAUGACGUCAGGGGGGAGCAGCGCCGAGCGGCCAGGCAGCAGCUGAAGCAGCAGCAGCAGAUACAGCGGGGAGAAGCCUCCACAGCAAUGGCGACUGUGGCGGAGCGCAGAUCACUGCCGAGUCCAGAAAUAAUGCUGGGGCAGCCGUGGAGCAACUGGGUCGACGCCGCUAAACUCCACUGCAACGACGGUGCUGAAUCGGAAGAAAGUUUCAAAGACUUGGGGAAAAAUCGAGAAGCCAUGCGACUGUGCAGAGAAGACAUGCCCAUAUUUGGUCAGUGUCCCGCACAGGACGACUUCUACCUGGUGAUGUGCAGCCAUUGCAGUGAAGUUGUCAAGCCCCAAGCCUUUCAAGCACACUAUGAGAGAAGACACAGCUCUGUCAGCAAUCAAGUCCCCACCCCUCCCUUUCCUGUUUUGGGCAGGAACCGGAGCAGCACCAGUGGGCACGGGCCUGGCCUGGGUUCGGGAUCUGUAGCUGGAUCGUCGACUGGAGGCGUCCUCGGUAGAGCUUCAGCUGCAGGGUCUAACUUUUCUUCAUCAACGUCGUCCUCAUCCUCCAAUCCCAAACUCCCUAAACCAGCCAAAGAGAAACUGCCAGGCAUUCAGCGAAGACCGGCCUUUGCUCCGCUGAGAGUGCUGCAGCCAGACAAGACACACCUCACCCCGGCUGUCAAGGUGGAGAAGAUGCACCUGAGGGUGGACUCGUCAGCUAAGCUGGUGCAGGGCCCACCUGCCCCAACCACCACCACAACCACCACCACCACUGCCUCAUCCUUCUCCACAUCGUCCUCUAGCACCACUGUGAGCUCCAACACCACCACCACCAUCACCACCACCACCACCACCUCCUCCUCAUCAUCAUCAUCAUCAGCCCUUAAGCCAGGCCUUAACUGUCCCUCCAUACCAAAGCCUCAACUGGCCUCGGGUCAUAUUCCCAAUGGCAAGGGACACCUCUUGGACAAGAAGCAGGACAGCUGCAGUGCCAGUAGCAAGCGCCAUAUGAACAAGAAGCCAGAGCGCGAAUUUAAUGCAGAUAUCCACUGUGGUGUCAUGGAUUUGACAACUCGAAAACCGUGCACAAGAUCUUUAACGUGCAAGACACAUUCCUUAAGCCAGCGGAGGGCGGUGCCAGGGCGGCAGAAGCGCUUUGACACAUUGUUGGCGGAGCACAAGAACAGAGCAAGGGAGCGUGAACGAGAGAAAGAGCUCCACCAGACCCAUUCCCAACAAACCCCGCCUCUCAGGGAACCACACCCUCCCACCCACCUCUCCUCUGCCCAUGAUGCCCACCAGGUGGCACAUAGCAACGGCCCCACCCCAGACGCCAAUAAGCCUUCGCCACUCAAGCCCAGAUUCCACAGCCCUGGUCUUCCACGACUAAACAGCAGUUAUGGAGUUGUAACACCCGCAGACCCCGCAGUAGUCCAUGAGUCACCACACACACACCAAACUACCCCGGAUGGAUUUUUCCGACCUUCCAGUGAUGAGGGCGAAAAUGAGGAGCGGGAGGACAAGGCUGACAAACUGGACUGUCACUAUUCAGGUUAUCAUCCUCGACCGGCAGCUUACUGUACCUUUGGAAGUCGACUGUUUGGCAGGGGCUUUUAUUCGUUUGAUCGGAGAUGGGACAAAGUACGAUUUGCUUUCACCACAAUGAUGGACAAGCAUGUCAACUCGCAGAUGUGGAAGAAAAUUCCAUUGGCCUUGGAAAACUCCUCUGUUGCACCGACCCAUAGGACAAGCACAAAUUCCCACAGUAGCACUCCCUCCUCAGGCUUCCUGGGCCCCCCUGCCACUUUGCCCCAGACUCCUUAUAGCCAAUCGUUUGAGGGCAAAUCAGUGCUCUCCUAUGGGACCACCUUAAAUGCCCGAAGCUCCCCACAGGGAGGGGCUGAGAACCUGGCCUACGGCACCACGCAGAGCCGACAAGUGUCUUCGUUGCCGCAGAUGCCUUCAGCCCAUUUGUCCCUAUCUUCCUCGUCUUCUGCUUCUUCCCUCGCCUCAGGCCGGGUGCCUAAGUCCCGCCCCUCCAGCAGCAGCACUACCAAGUCAUCAGCAUCAUUUAAGCCCAAGGAUCUCUCCUCUGGCUCCUCCACACCUGUGGUUCCCAUUGUCCCAGGGGGAGGUAGCAGUGGAGUGAACAUUAACAGUAGCAGCACUGGCUUCAGCUCGGGGAAGAAGAGGAAGAACAGUUCUCUCCUCUCAUCGUCCCACGGCUCUUCAGAUUCCUCCUCAUCUUUUAAUACCAACUAUCCUUCCUCCUCCCCCUCCUCUUUUAAAAAAAACUGUGCAAAUGUCAGCAGCUCAGGGAGCACCUACCACCACAGUUCAUUAGGUUCUUCAUCCUCAUCCUCAUUAUCCUCCUCCCACAGUGGGGUUCAUAGCAUGGGGCUCAACUGUGGCCCCAGUGUGCGGUCCAACUCACUCAGCCUCAAGGCCGAAACCUCCGGAGGUUCUGCGGGCGGCUCCUCAGGGGCGCCUGCACGGGGGCCGGCCUCAGGCAGCCCAGCCGAGUCAAUUAAGCGCAUGAGUGUGGUGAUGAACAGCACUGACUCCACCCUUUCUCUGGGGCCCUUUGUUCAUCAUCACCCGUCCUCAUCCGACCACCACACCAGCUUUAGCCACCACUCUUCAGACGGUCGCCUGGAGGGUAAAAAGCGCAAAAGCUCUCCUGUCUCCAGCAGCAUGAACAGUGGACUGGGUGGAGUAGGAGCAGCUGCAGGAGGAGGAACCGUAGGAGGUGGAGCAGGUGGACCAGGUCGACCCAAAAUGGCUAAGUCACCUGCUAUUAACAACAUUCAUGGGAAACAUGGGCGGAGCAUUUCAGGGACACCAGGGUUGCCCAACAACUCCCAUUUACAUCAGCCAAAGGCCCGUCCCUGACAGUGUCUGUGGCUUCAAGGUAUAGAACUGGCACGCAGAUGUGGGAAUUAUCCAGAGCUGUGCAUUUGCAUGCAGCACUGGACUGCAAGAGGCCUUUUAAAAAUCCAAACCCACAUUACUCUCAGCUUCCCACAAUCCUCAGGGUGGAGAUGACCUGGACUGCCCAGUGAAGUCGAUGUGGUCCUUAUGAAUUCUCCCAAAGCCAUGUGUGUGUGUGUGUGUAUGUACUGUAUGUAUGUGUGUAUGGGGGCACGUAUGUGUUUAACAUGGUAGCUUGUGGCACCGGGGGUCUAAUGAGUGAGCCAAGGGCCCCCAACCCCUUACCCUGCAAACACACAAGUGUUGUCCUUGACUCUGAGAGGUCUUCCUGUUGAGUUGAACAUAGGACGAACAGCAGCCAUGAGAUUGUGAAGGGUGUUUCAUGUCAUGGCCUGGGUCAUACUUUUCAUGUGCGCAGAGGUUCCCAGAUGUGAAUAUCAGAAUUAACAGCUGUCUAUGAAAGUGCACAAGGAGCGGACCAGGUGGACUGUCUGCUUUAUCAGGUUUUGUACAGGGAAUUUGCAACACUUAAAUUUUAAAGGUGUUUCCUCAGUGCUGUAAUAAGUGUUAGAUUUUGGAAAAGCUGCUUGGAAACAGUGUUUCCAUUUCCUAGGAUUAAUGUUUCCAACUCUUUUUGUCUCUAUUUUCACAGUGUCAGCGCCACAUCACUGUGUUCUUUUGUUAAUAGAACAAGAAAGGAUUCAAAGCAUAAAAAGCAGAUGUUCUGAGAGAGCCCUCUGCUGGACUACUAGGUUAUUACUUUCCACUCUCUACAUAUUAGGAUGAAUGAAGUCUUCAAAAAAGAAAUCCAAAAGAAAAGAUUGAAGUCUCGUGGUGAGAACUUUCACCAGGGCUUCAAUGUGCCUGUACAGCUCUAAUGAACUUAAAUAUAUUUUUGUUUCAAAGAUGAUUAUAAUAUAGAAUGUCCUAUUUGCAGUUAUUUUUUGUUAUUCUUGUCAUACUUUUGAUAAAGCUUCUACACCAUGAUGUAAUCUUCUGAUAUUUUCAAGUAUGUAUUGUCAAGAAUAUCUCAGUGGUUGGUAAGCCAUCCUGCAAGUCUUAAAAAACGAAUUGGGGAACUAAUUAAGUAUGACAAACAGAUUCAUGAUUAACAAAUUGUGACAAUGCAAUCUAUAAUAGAUCUGUAGAUCUAUAGCCAUGUUAUCUAGACAAACUACCUAUCUACCUAUUUGCAACUAAAAAUAAUUUUCAAAGAGGUUUUCAUAUAUUGCCCACUAAUCUCCAGAGUUUAAGAUAUUUUUUGAGGACCUGACACUGAGUCACUGCUCUGUGAACAUCAAUAACUUAUUAGUGGAGCCAAAGAUGUAUGUACUACAGCUUUAAAAGAGAUUGGAAUUUAUAUUUGUUGAAAUUCGACCUGUGAAAAAGGUGCUUGAACCCUGACUUUUGACACGUCCACCAUUAUCGAAAACUCUACAACACUGAGCUCAUGUGCACUCAUAGAACGCUUAACUGACACAGUGGCCCUGAUUUAUUUAAUUUAAAAAAAGUCUGGCCAUAUAAAUUUACUUCCGUACUUAUUUACGUCUGCAUAAAACUAAAGAUGGAGAGUAUAACCCAGACCUACAGGCUGCUGCAACAAACUGUUGCAAUGCCAUGCACCUUGGGAAAUGUGAAGCUCAACUCUUCCAUGUUUGUCAGAGAAUGCAUGCGUUACAUCCACACUACUACGCUUUAUUUAUAGGAGUUUACACGUCUUUCUGACGUAAGCAAGUCCCUAGCAACACAUCAAGGCACUGUCUCACCAGAGACUUCUAUAGGUAUUACUGAAAAGUGUGUAUCAGGUUUCCAGAACCAAAAGUGUUGUGUAAAAACAUGACAAUAUUCUGGGCUUGAAACCCAGGGGUUGUGUGAAUAACAGACAAUAUUUGGAGCAGAAUUACUGAUUCCCCCCCUUGCAUUGAAAACGUAUUAGUGUGGAUUUGGGCUGAAUGUGCAAAUGUGAGUAAAAGACUUUUUUUAUUUUUUAUUUUGUUGCAUCAAGAUGGACUCUGCUGGACUACUGGAACUUUAACGCCACACCAAGCGACUGAUUUCUUAAGCCUUGGAAGAGGAGCAGCCAACUGUUAGGUUAAUUCACACCAGUCCCACUGGCCUAGCUGAUGUAACAGAAGACCUGGGGUCUCACAUGUGCUGUACCCUAAGAGGAGCCCACGAGGAUGAUGUGGUGGAUUCUUUUAUCACCCAGAAUAAUGAUUAUGCAAGUGUUUAUCUUUUUUUAAGGAAAAUAAUUUUCGUAUGAGCUUUUUACACUGAACUACGAAGAGUCCUUGUAGAAGUGAAGAAGACACAAAAGUCAUGCUUUCAAAUGUGAACAGGACACCUGAUGUGCCCGUUGGAUAUAUUCCUUUGUUGGAAAGUAAUAGAUUGCUGUCGAGGGGCACUUGCUGAGUAUGUGAAUCCUUCUAUCGUGCAGAACGAUCGAGGCAGAAGACCCUCAUCCUCCUGUCGCCCCCUCCUUCCCAACUGUGAACGGCACUAUAUCUGCAUCCUUCACAGGUACUGCUUCAUUGUCUACAGAGCUAGCCAAAAGUUGCUUUCAGCUUUGCCAACAUCUUUAUUGUGGCUUUUCCUUUCUUCUUUUUGUAAAUCCAAACAAAGAGGUGGUUGGAUAUCGCCCGUUAAGCGGUGGUGGGGCAUUGACGGCUAUCCGGCUUUCUACCUUCUCAAAGCUGCGUCCACAGCUGGUGUUGUGCAGGUGUGUGAAUUGUAGUGUUUCAUUCUUCCGUGGUGGAGAAUCAGGUUUGGUACGUCCUAACUGGAACAACCCCAGUGCACGUUGCUGCUCAUUUUCUGUGGUCGUGAUCGUCCCUUCAAUAAUUAACCACUACCCAUCUCUGAAUGUUUAAGAGGUAAUUAAGGUUUUUUUUUUUUAAUUGUAGUUGCAUGAACUAAUGACAAAUGCAGUCUUUUUCAAAAAACAGCCCCUUUCUUCAGAUACAACCAAACAUCCCUAAAAAGCCACCUUUCAAUUUUAAGUAUUCUGAAACUGGUUCAACUUAGCCAAAAAUAGGACCUUUUGCCUUCAAGAAAGGAGAUGAGGAUUGUCCUUCAAGUAUAUCAUUUUUUUUUACCUCCUGUCACAUACUCUCUACUAAAAAUAAUGCAUCCCUUUUCAUCGAAUAUUAAAAUGGAACACCGCUGCCUCUUCUGGUGAGAUACAUCACAUUAAGGAUUUAACAGUGAAGGCCAAAGAAGUCCAUUAGUCCAGUAAUGAAGCUGAGUAAAAAAUAUUAUAGCCUUGUUAAGCAUCUGGACCUUGAGUGAAUAGUUCAUACAACUACAUUUAAGAAAAACCUCUGGCUUGUCUUCAGACUUCAGUGUGUCACUGUAGAGCCAUGUUGGUGUGGGUUGGGAGGCGUCCCAGUAAAACGGACUGAUGUUGUUGCUUCUGGGCGAGGCCUUGCGCCUGACUUUACUCUAAGAUUUCUUUUGUACAGUGUGUGGUCUGAGCUGGUUCAUGGUGCCAGAUUCAUUGAGAUGACUUCAACAGGACAUAUUUGAAUUUUGUUUUCGGCAUUAUGUGUUUUACACAGAACUCUACUGAUGUCUUCAAGCGGGAAAGUAGAAGAGCUGUUUUUAGAGGAUCAUAAUUUAGCCUUCGUCGUUUGUAGUCCAUGUGUUCAACGAUGAUUGAAGUAUCCCUAUUUGAGAAUACAUAUUUUGUUAACAAAUUGUACAUAGUCAAAUAUGUAUUUUUGCAAAGGCGUUUUUUUUUCAUACACACUAAAUUUUUGGUACAAUAAAAAUAUUUAUUUAGAGAGGGAAAAAAAGGUUAGGAUAAGUUGACUAAUUCAAGUGGUUCACUGCCAAGUCUACAGAAAUUAUUCAAUCGCAAUAUGCCCAUUUAUGGAAGCUGAAGCAUCUCAUGAAUCAAGUACUGAGAUUCCUUAAAGAGACGGCGCUGAAGUGUUGCUGCUGUAGCACGUGUCUGACAGGAUUUAACCUGAAUUCACUUUUUAAGGUCUCAAUCAUUCUUGCUUUCGGUUCUGUUAAGAAUGCUUGGAGAUUAACUGGACAGAAGUUAAAUGCUAAUUAUAGACUGUGUAUAUAUAAUGGACGUGGUCUUCUGGUUCCAUCAGCGUCACCGCCACUAACUGUGGAGUUUAAAUGAAAGCAUAUGAGAAAAUGGGUUUCAGUUGUCCUGUCUCAUAAAUCAUUUAAAGAGAAAUAUUUGACAAGCGCAUAGAACGUGUCUGGACACUGAUUUACAACUGGGACUAAACAGAUGACUAAUUAACAUUUUUUAAAUGCAUCACAGUGGUACUUUCAACUGAAGACCAUGUCUAUUGUUAUACAGCUAAUGGCUGUGUCUCAGUCUCUUGGUUGUGGCUAGAGGUCCACACAGUCUCGCAUUCCCAUCACUGCUCAGUGUGGAUAUCUGAAGAUAGUAUCAAGUUAAGCCUUAGUUACAUUAGCUUAUUAUUAAAAGUAUACUAGUAAAGAGCCAGGGUAUAACGGUGGAACAGUGGAUACAGUUGUUACCCAACAUCCAGGUCAGUAGGACACGCCCUAAAGUGCACAGCAUUCUGUUUAUGAGUAAUUAGAAAUUAAACUGACCACUGAGUGCCUGCCACUGUUGUAUGGACAUCAAAUAUCAGAGAUGUGGACUUUGUUUAGGGCACACACUACAUAUCCUUGCAGCAUUCUUGACAGUGUCGUAGGUUCCUGCAGACGAAAUGUGGUAAUGUGUGGACACCAUCACCUGCAGCCCAUAAAUUGAGACAUGGCCUCAUUCAAUGACUGCAUAGAGCCUGAGUCUUUGUUUUUAAGGGUAUGUCAUGCUCCUGAAAGCCAACUGGUUCUUUAGUCAUGUUUUUUUUUUAACUCCGUGACUGAAAACAAUUUUUUUUGUUUAAAGGAGGAUUGAUACAGUGCUUUUUUCUUUCUUUCUUUCUUUCUUUUUUUUUUUUUUUUUGAAAAUGGGCAAUAAACCCACGGACAGAGUUCAGCUGCUUUGCAUCAUCACCAUUGCCAAACAUCAAAUUUCGAAUUCCAGCUUUUUUAUUUUUAAAGAAACAUCAAAUUAAUGAGAAGUGCCUGAAUUUUUAAUUUUUUCCACCGUGACUGUUUCGAGGACAGUAUUCUUUGGGUUGUUUGACCUUACUUGAAUGUCAGUAAGUGUUUGAGGAGUUUGCUUUAUAAAAAAUCUGCCUAAAAACCCUAAACAUGGUUAAAAAAAAUCCGAGCUCAUCAGCUGCCCAGUUUCAAAUGCUGAGUGUGUGCUUUCUUUUAUUAGUUUUCUAGCAAAAAUUUGGAAACGAGAAACGUAGCGUGUUCUCAACUGUGUGGCUGUUUGUCCACAAGAACGUUUCAAUCAAGUGCUUUUGUUUACUGACAAACUCCACUGACAUCUUUGACCUUUGUUCCCUCUGUGGAGACUUUUCGAAGACUUGGAAUGUGAAAGUGAGAGAAUACAGCUCACGUUUAGGAGGGAAAAGAAAUAAUUCAUCGUUAAUCACUAUGUAAAAGUGUGUAUAGAGUUUUUUUUUGUAUACAUUAUCAGAAUCAUCUUCAGCUGGACUUUAAAGUGUUGGCUGCUAUGUAAUUCAUGAACAAAACAUAGGUUAGAAUUAAUAUUUAAAGAAAAAAAGAUUGUAUAGUAUAUUUGUUUUGUAACAAGUUUCUGUAAAUAAAAUAAUUUAUACUGUUAUUUAUAUGAAAACAUGUCUGUGAAAUUAUUACAGUCCAUUAGAAGAGCAGCAGUUAAACAAAACAUUUGUGUAAAUGACAUUUUCUGCAACGUAGAGAACCAUGGCUGCCGUGUUGGUUCACAUGUUGAUGACCCUGGACAGUUUCUGGACUCUGUUCAGUUUUUGCUGUUGGGUUUUUUUUCCACCCAACUAUUUUCAACUUUUGACCAACAUGACAUGCAAAAUUUGAAUUG